GGACGGGAAGAGGUUAAUACAUGUUCUGGCAGUGGUACUAGGAGUUUGCGUUGACGAAAGUAUAUGUACCUGGAUAGAAAACUGGUUACAGGGGCAUGUACAGAGGGUGCUGACCAGGGGCAGACUGACCAUUGGGGAACUCUGGCACUGCCCAAGGGCCCGGGGUCAGUAGGGGGCCCCAUGAGAUGCUUUUUUGGGUGUGGUUUGAGUGUGAGCAAGGACACAGGGGCCCCAUGAUCCCCUAUUGCCCGGGGGCCCCAUGA